CGCAAGACGUUUUUCAUUUGUUUCAUAGUUCUCCCAAUUUCCUUUUAGCCUCCCAUGCUUCUCAUGGCUGAAACUCUUACCCUGGUCACACGUGUUUUAUGAUUGAAAUCGUGAAAUUUUUAGUUGACAAUUGUUAAUCCGUGUUUUAUCUUUCGAAAAUGGCACAAAUGUACGUGCUGUUUGAGCAUGCGGCUGGCUACGCUUUAUUCCGAGUUAGAGAAUUUGAGGACGUAGGUUCUUUCUUGCCGCAAGUUGAGCAGUCUGUUACAGAUCUAAGCCGUUUCAAUGGAGUCGUUAAAUUGGUGGCGUUUGCACCCUUCAAAUCUGCUGCACAUGCUCUUGACAAUAUUAAUUCAAUAUCUGAAGGUGUGCUAUCUGAAGAUCUCAACCUCUUCCUUGAAACCAACUUACCAAAGCCAGAGAAAAAGGGCAAGAAGGAUAGCUUUGUACUGGGAGUAAGUGAACCAAAGCUGGGUGCAUCAAUUUCAGAAAUUUUGGGUAUUCCAUGCCAACAUGCAGGUGUUAUUCCUGAAAUUGUCCGUGGAAUCAGGUUGCACUUUGCACACUUAGUGAAAGGAUUUACUGUCCAAACUAGUGGGGUUGCUCAGCUUGGUUUGGGGCACAGCUAUUCAAGGGCCAAAGUUAAAUUUAAUGUCCACAGAGUUGACAACAUGAUCAUUCAAAGCAUUGCAUUGUUGGAUCAGCUUGACAAAGACAUCAAUACUUUUUCAAUGCGAAUUAGGGAAUGGUACUCCUAUCACUUCCCAGAACUCAUCAAGGUUGUUCCAGACAAUUACUUGUUUGCCAAGUGUGCUCAGUUUAUCAAAAAUCGAAAGGAGCUGUCAGAAGAAUCUUUACCUCAGCUGACCGAAAUUGUCAAUGAUGCAGGCAUUGCUCAAUCAGUGUUGGAUGCCUCGCGGUCUUCAAUGGGAAUGGAUAUAUCUCCGGUUGACCUUAUCAAUAUUGAACGUUUUGCUAAGCGUGUCGUUGCGUUAGCUGAAUACCGCAAAGAACUGCAGGAGUACUUGAGAUCAAAGAUGCAUAACAUUGCACCCAACUUGUCAGCUCUUAUUGGUGAGCAAGUUGGUGCUCGUUUGAUUUCGCACGCCGGUUCCCUUACAAGUUUGGCAAAAUAUCCGGCUUCAACUGUCCAAAUUCUUGGAGCUGAAAAAGCCUUGUUCAGAGCAUUGAAGACCAAAGGCAACACACCAAAAUAUGGAUUGAUUUAUCAUUCAACCUUCAUCGGUCGUGCGGGUUUGAAGAAUAAGGGACGGAUCUCCCGCUACCUCGCCAACAAAUGUUCUAUUGCAUCGAGAAUUGAUUGUUUUUCUGAGGAAACAUGUGAUGUAUUUGGAUUGAAGCUCCGCGAGCAAGUAGAAGACCGACUGAAAUUUUACGAAUCUGGAGACAUUCCACGGAAAAAUGUGGACGUCAUGCAAGAGGCCUUGGCUGAAGCCAAAACUGUAUUGGCAUCCCUGAAGAAAAAGAAAAAAAAGAAGAAGAGUAUCACACCAUCGGCUGAUGGUACAAUGGAUGUUAUUGCUGACACUUCUCUUCCGUGUGACGGCGAAGGCAAGAAGAAGAAGAAAAAGAAAAGUAUCACUCCAGCCGGCGAUGAAUCAAUGAACACCUCUCUUUCGGCGAACGGAGAGGAGAAAAAGAAGAAAAAGUCUCAGGAUGAGAACGGAAAUGGUAAUAUAACACUCGAUGAAUCCGUCGGUUUGGAUAACAGCGUAAAUGAAAGUAAGAAGAAGAAGAAGAAGAACAGAGAUGCAGAGAGCACAUUGGAUCAAUCAGCAAUGGAACAAGAUGAAGGAGCUUCACCGCUCAAGAAAUCUAAAAAGAAAAAGAACGCUGCCUAAAGAAUUCUAUUCCUGUCCUCGGUAAUUCCUCAGAAUCGGUUGACCUUGUGAAAUAGCCCGCUUUUUUAGUUUUUGUAAUGAUGUGUCGCAUUCAAUACAAUUGGGCAGAGGUCA